UCUGCACAUGAUUAAAACGACGUGUCUGCAUCGCAUUCAUUCAUUCAUCGUCAGUGAAAUGAAGUCGGUCGGUCGGUCUGUCUGUCUGUCUGCUUGUACAACAGCCGUCCGUCCGUCCACCCGUCCAUCCGUGCAGUGCAUCCAUGAGAUGUAUGUGCUACUCAUCAAUCCUCACGAAGGCAAGGUCGUGGUUGUGGCACGGAUACAUCUCAUAGGAAGCGUGUGACACAUGCAAUGCUGUCACGCACUCGCCAUCCCUCUCCCCAGCCCCAUCCCUCUGCUGCCCUUCAUCUCCUUUCACAGCGGGAAUGUUGCAGAAGGACGACACCUGCACAGCACGCACCACCGACACGCCGACAUAGGUGAAUCUGCGUGUGUAUCUCUUCUGUCCAUAUGUAUCUCGUCUUACCAUGACAAGGCCUUCAGGGCAAGAAUCCUCAUCACCGCUGGCGGCAGGGCAGUCUCGCCUCUGCUGGCUCUCUAUGCUGUCGAUAGCGUACUCAGGUACCCGCACCCUGACAGGCUGCAGACUCCUGUCUUCUUCGCGCGCCGCUCCACACUCUGCCUCUCCCCCACUCACUGCACUAUCGUCGCCGGCGGCCAUCCUGUCCACCUGCAGAGGCUGGUCCUCCCACCAGUUGACCAGAAACGUCACACGCGGAUGGCCGUCAGGUAGCUGCCCCUCCAACACGCCAUGCACACCCGUCCCAAUAAAGGUUAGGUAGCGAUUCAGUGCUGGCCACACGAUGAGCGACUCCGCUGGCGAGGGGGGAGAGGGGGUGAGGGUCAGAGCGUCGAUGCACUGUGCCGUGACGACGGUGGGCCCUGCGGGGUGUGCGGCAUCGAAAGGGGUCAAGUAGAGGAUGGAGGAUACAAGGGGCGUCUUGAGCUCGUGCGAUUCUUUCAGAAGCGUUUCGUCCUUGUCAACAUGGAAAGCCAUCCCUUCGUUGCCCCGCACUUGACACCUGCGAACAUACACGCCGACACCACACACCCACACAGAAAGAAAAGUGUGAGUGUCAAGUGAAGUGUGAGUUAGUGUGUGCGCACCAGUACUCUGCGCCCUUGAUGUAGAGCGGCAGAAGUGGUGAGAAGGAGCUCUUGAUGACUGUAUCAAACAGGUGCUUGAUCACAACCUCGAAGAUGCAUCGAGGCUCUUCUUUGGAUGUCAGCACCGAAUGGGGCACCUGCACAAAGCGCAGAACAUCCACCUAAGUGUGUGAGGAGUGUCCGUCAAUGCCGCGCACCCAGUAGUUUGGCUGAUCGGCCAGUGCAGGUGCGUGCUUCCGCAGUGACUCGAGCAGCGAUGGGGGAAGAGUCUGGUCGUAGAGCCGCGUGAACCGCUUGGGAUCUGCAGACAGAAACGACAAGCAGAGAUUUGUGUUUCGACAAUGCAGCAAGGGUAACCAUCCGACGACAUCGGCGGAUCUGUUUCUCGUGGUUCCUCAUCGCUUCUGUUGCUCUCCUCAUGCUGCAUCUGUCCCGGCUCUAUAGCUAUCUCUGGAGCAGAU